GGAGGCGGGUGACGUCACUGGCCGGGUCAUGCCGGAAGCGCGGCGCGCGGCGGCUGUCGCUCGGGCCGUGCGCGUGUCCCCUGCGCUGUGGCGGCGCUGAGGGCGGCUCGCCCGUCCCUGUGUCCGUCUGUCCUCUGGCUCCGCCGCCUUCAGCUGCGCCUUCCUGGCUCGCCUCCCACCAGAACUGUGUUUAACAGUGAUCAUUAACUAAAGCCAUGGCAGCUGCCAGUAGUGAGGUGCACCAUCCUGUGGACCCUGGAAUCUCCAAGCUGCAGUUUGCUCCUUUCAGUAGCGCCUUGGAUGCAGGAUUUUGGCAUGAACUCACCCAGAAGAAGCUCAAUGAGUACCGAUUGGAUGAGACCCCCAAAGUUAUCAAAGGAUACUACUACAAUGGUGAUCCUUUGGGUUUGCCAGCUCGCUUGACAUUGGAGUUUAGUGCCUUUGAUAUUUUCUUUCUUUUAUGCAGGAACGCCUCAAUACCAGCACGCUGCUGUCCUGCUGUUGGCACACUGUACAAUACCAACACUUUUGAGACUUUCAAGUCCUGUGAUAAGAAAUCACUUCUGGAAAAAGAAGCAAAUGAGAUAUGGGAAUCAAUAAAGUCUGGAGAUGCUGUUGAAAACCCCAUGCUCUUGAACAGGUUCCUGCUGCUGACAUUUGCAGAUUUAAAGAAGUAUCAUUUCUAUUAUUGGUUUUGCUACCCUGCUCUCUGCUUCCCUGAUGGGAUAUGCAUAAUUCAGAAACCAGUGUGUCUUGCAGACAGAUUCUCAUUAAAUCAGAUUGAAGCACUUCAGAAAGCCUAUGAUGAACUCUGCCAGAAAGAGGGGGUUACAGCUUUGCCUUAUUUUUUAAUCAAAUAUCAUGACAAUUCUGUUGUGAUAUCUCUGCUGAAAAAGUGGGAGGAUUUCUUCCAGGACCAAAGGGGAAAGGUAACUGUUGGAGUUUAUGAUCCGUGUAAUUUAUCCCACUACCCAGGCUGGCCACUGAGAAAUUUCCUGAUCCUGGCAGCUCACAAAUGGGGCAGCAUUCUCCAGUCAGUCGAAGUGCUCUGCUUCAGAGACAGGACUAUGCAAGGGGUGAGAGACAUUACACACAGCAUUAUCUUUGAAAUAAAACUUCCAGAGAGACCCCUUGGCCCAGAUUGUCCAAAAGCUGUUGGAUGGGAGAAAAACCAAAAGGGAGGCAUGGGUCCAAGGAUGGUGAAUCUCAGUGAAUGCAUGGAUCCAAAAAGGUUAGCAGAAUCAUCAGUGGAUCUCAAUUUGAAGUUGAUGUGCUGGCGACUGGUGCCUACUCUUGAUCUGGAAAAAAUUGUGUCUGCCAGGUGUCUGCUGCUAGGAGCUGGGACGCUGGGCUGUAGUGUUGCAAGGACCUUGAUGGGCUGGGGAGUCAGGAAGAUUACAUUUGUGGACAAUGCAAAGAUCUCCUACUCCAACCCAGUGCGACAACCUCUAUAUGAGUUUGAAGACUGUCUUAGUGGGGGGAAGCCAAAGGCACUUGCAGCAGCAGACAGGCUACAGAAAAUCUUUCCAGGAGUGAGCUCAGAAGGCUAUAACAUGAGCAUCCCUAUGCCAGGCCAUCCAGUGAAUUUUUCUGAAGUAACAAUGGCACAGGCUCGGAAGGAUGUGGCUAAACUUGAGGAGCUUAUUGAUGCUCACGAUGUUGUUUUCCUACUCAUGGACACUAGAGAGAGUCGAUGGCUUCCUGCUGUCAUUGCAGCCAGCAAGAGAAAGUUGGUCAUCAAUGCUGCAUUGGGAUUUGACACAUUUGUUGUUAUGAGACAUGGACUAAAGAAACCAAAACAGCAAGAGUCUGAUGAUUCAUGUGUCAGCAAUGCCUCGAGUUCUUCUGAUCUUUUGGGGUCAUCACUCUUUUCAAAUAUUCCUGGCUAUAAGCUGGGCUGCUACUUUUGCAAUGAUGUUGUGGCACCAGGGGAUUCCACUAGGGAUCGGACGCUGGACCAGCAGUGCACUGUCAGUCGGCCUGGACUAGCAAUGGUAGCUGGAGCACUUGCAGUGGAAUUAAUGGUUUCUGUUUUACAGCAUCCAGAAGGUGGUUAUGCUGUGGCCAGCAGUAGUGAUGAUAGAAUGAAUGAGCCACCUACUUCUCUUGGACUUGUUCCUCAUCAGAUCCGUGGAUUUUUAUCAAGAUUUGAUAAUGUUCUUCCAGUCAGCCUGGCAUUUGAUAAGUGCACAGCCUGCUCAACCAAAGUGCUUGACCAGUAUGAACGAGAAGGGUUUAAUUUCCUAGCUAAAGUUUUUAAUUCCUCACAUUCCUUCUUGGAAGACUUGACAGGCCUCACGUUAUUACACCAGGAGACACAGGCUGCUGAGAUCUGGGAUAUGAGUGAUGAUGAAACAGUCUGAAAACCAGCUGAAUAAGGUGGAAGAUGACCUGCUUGGGACUGCAGCGCUGCCUUUGAUCUGUUGUUUGACAAGUUAAUGAUUGCUGACCUGUGCUAACUGCCACAAAUACACAGAAAUAUAAUCCACAUUUUGACAUUAAUAUCCUCAUCUUAAGAGCAGCCUGUCACUGAUAGAACUCUCAACAUUUUUAUUAUGUAAAUAACUAAAGCAACCUCUUUAUGUUUGAACCUCAUCUUUUUCCAGUUUAUAAAUAUGGCUUACAUAUAAAAUAUGCCACUUAAGAACACCUUAGUGAUUUAUUUGUCCCAGUUUUCACUUUGCUUGUUCAGCAGACAUGUCCAAGCAGCAUGUCCAAAUAUCCUUUUUCAUCUUUUCCAGACUUGUGCCCCUUUAGUUGGAGUUUAUUUUUAAGGCUGAGAAUAUUCUGCUGUAGGGAUUUAGACUGCAUCUCUUAAGUUAGAUUCAGGUUGUGCCAGGGGAGGUAUAGGCUGGAUGUUAGGAGGAAGUUCUUGCCAGAGAGAGUGAUUGGCAUUGGAAUGGGCUGCCCAGGAGGCGAUGGAGUCACCGUCUCUGGAGAUGUUCAAGAAAAGACUGGAUGAGGCACUUAGUGCCAUGGUCUAGUUGAUUUGACAGGGCUGGGUGAUAGGUUGGACUGGAUGACCUUGGAGGUCUCUUCCAACCUGGUUGAUUCUAUGAUCUUUAAAAGAGAGCAGGAGUAGGUAAGAACCUACACCAUAUUGCUUGCUGGGUUUGAGUCCACCUUUCACGUACAAUGGAUUGAUCUUGCCUGUGUGAAUAGGAGUGUCAUUCUCGGUCAAGUCCUCAUCAUUUCAUGAUAUGGGGGGGGAAAAAAAAAGUAGUUUGACUUCUUUUUACACAGGAAAGACCAAAAUACAUCUCUGUUGUGAUUAGGUUCCCCUGAAGUCUAGAGGAGACUCUGCUACAUAGCAAAAAAUGCUUUGGGGAAGUGACUCAUUGAUUCAGUCAAAACUUGUAGAGAAAUGCCUAACUGAAAUAAGAAGUUGGUUCUCUGACUUUGCUGUUCAUGCAUCACAUGUUUCAAAACCAGCAAUCCUGAUUUUCCUUUUGGUUCCAUUUUAGUUUUUUUUCAAGUUUGCUGCAUCAGGAAUGGCUUUAAAGAUUAUGAUUAGCACAAACAGGAGUUAGAAGAUAAGGGGGAAAGAAAGGAUUUGUGAAAUAUGACAGUGCAUUACUACAAGAUUGAAAGUUAAAUGUAUUGGGGUUUAUCUUGGAAUAGGGUUUUCAGAAGGGUACUUGAAAUCUCUUUUAUAGAUUUGUUGCGGGCAUUAAUGACUCAAACAAAAUGCAAAUAAUUUUAUCUGCCAAGCAGUCUUUAUUCCCUAUCUAUGUUAUGAAAAUUAGUUAGCCAAUCCAAUUAUUUUUAGCCCUUCCUUAAAAUAAGCUCUGUAGAUAAUUUCACAGCGUCUUUCCUGUGCCACAUCAGAAGGAGGUCUAUCAGGUCAGGCUUGUCUAGAAACAAGGAUAUCUGCAGGACUCAUACUGUGAUUGUAAAAGAUUGAUUAAAACAAGAUGAGGUUUGCAAAAAGAGUCUAAAAUAGCUUUUAAUUUCUAUUUAUUUUAACUAUCUUCAUUGUAUUUACAUGAUUUCUUUGGUAACCCUAAGGGAAGGUCUUGUUUAACCAGUUUCAUUGUACUAUAAACAUCUCUAGGAUUGAAAUAUAUUUUUUGAAAGACUUGUAAUCAUAGGAAACUGCUCUUGUGGUGGUCAGGCAGUGAACAAUAAGAUUGAUAACAUGCCAUGUUGAAACAGCUUAUUAGUAUACCUAACUAGUUCUGAGCAAAUGUGACUUCUAUUGUUGGCCAUGCUGCAGUCAGCUCGAAUCAGGAGUCACUCUCAGGCUAGUUAAAAGGGAAUGACCUGCAUUUUUAUCUUUUGGACCUGCUGACUGUGGAGUGUAAAAGUUUCUUUGCAAUUUUUAGCUCUUUAAAACUUGGAAUCUGAUAACCAGUAUUAAUUAUUUUAAAUAUCUGAAAUGGC